CAAAGAGAGAAAGGGAAAGAGACAGAUUGGGACCGCUGACCUGAGCCUUGAACGACGUCGUUUCGUUAUAUAAAGACCGUAACCUAGUUUUCCCUUUCUCUCUCGCUUCGAUCCAUCUAUCAUCAUGGGUGUCUGGCUCUGAUAUCGGCAUCCUCCCUUUGUUUCCUAGGAAAUUUUCCAGCCAAAAGUUUCUCUCUAUCGCCGAAGAAUCAAACCUACUCGCCGCGUUUCCUUGCAAGUGAGCUCUUAUAAGAAUUUAUUUUCUCACUUUUCCAUUGGGCGGUGAGGAUGUCGACUCCAGCCAGGAAGAGGCUCAUGAGGGAUUUCAAGAGGUUGCAACAGGAUCCACCUGCAGGCAUCAGCGGUGCUCCUCAAGACAAUAACAUUAUGCUCUGGAAUGCUGUUAUAUUUGGACCUGAUGACACACCUUGGGACGGAGGUACGUUUAAAUUGACGCUUCAGUUUACAGAGGAUUAUCCGAAUAAGCCACCAACUGUACGCUUUGUUUCUCGAAUGUUCCAUCCAAAUAUUUAUGCGGAUGGAAGCAUUUGCUUAGACAUUCUACAAAAUCAGUGGAGUCCAAUUUAUGAUGUAGCUGCCAUUCUUACAUCCAUCCAGUCGCUGCUUUGUGACCCAAACCCAAACUCUCCUGCAAAUUCAGAAGCAGCACGGAUGUUUAGUGAGAACAAGCGUGAAUACAACAGGAGAGUGCGUGAGAUUGUUGAGCAGAGUUGGACAGCUGAUUAAUUCCUCAUGGUAGGGUGAUGGAAUUAUAAAAAUAGCCUAGUGGCCUGUUUGAAUAACUAUGGGACUUCUAAGCCAUUGUGUUGUAAACACCUUUUAUAUUUUAUAUGUUUGCUUGCCUUCCAAGGAUGGAUGUUAAUGGUCUCUAUUUUUGUGUCCCUUGGAUAUAACUUGUUGCAUUUUGCUUCAAGUAAAUGCGCAUAAAAGGUUUCUCGUUACCUCUA